ACAGUCAAGUACAGGGUUGCAGGGGUGUCGCAGUUUGAGGCUGGACAACUUCAUAAUCAUCAGCAUCGUUGAAGAAGGAAGUGCAACCAUGGCGCAGGGCCUCAAAGAAAGAUUUGAACAGUUUCUCCAUGAAAAGAAUCUUCUUACAGAUGUUCUGGCAAAGAUCGAAGCAAAAACAGGAGUGAGCAGGACGUACAUCGCUCUCGCUGUCAUCGGUUUCAUCGCAGUUUACUUGGUCAUCGGUUACGGAGCCUCCCUACUGUGUAACCUCAUUGGAUUCCUUUAUCCAGCCUACAUAUCGAUCAAGGCCAUUGAAAGUGCCACCAAAGAUGAUGAUACUAAAUGGCUGACCUACUGGGUGGUGUAUGGAGUCUUCAGUGUGGCAGAGUUUUUUGCUGAUCUCUUCCUCUCCUGGUUCCCACUCUACUACACCGGAAAGUGUGCCUUCUUGGUGUGGUGCAUGGCUCCAACUGCCGCCAACGGAUCAGUCCAGAUUUACAACCGCAUCAUUCGACCAUUUUUCCUCAAGAAUGAAGCCAAGAUUGACGACGUGGUGAAGAACCUUAAGGACAAGGCAUCAGAAGCUGCUGACAAGAUCAAAGAUGAGGCCAAGAAAGCCACAGCCAACAUCAUGUUUGAAGAGAAGAAGAGCUCUUAAGAAGGAGGUUGUCCUGUCUACAGCGUCCUCCCUGGAGCGGACUCUGUUACAGAAGAAAUGUUGCCUUGAAAAUGUCUGUUUUUCACAGAGCCUCUGUUGAGUAUGUAACUUAAGUCUGUGGUAGAUGUUACACAUGUAUCAAUUAAAGCCAUUCCCCUGGUCAGUUUACUUAAUUAACUUUGCCUUCUGGAGGGCCGUCACAUAACUGUUAGCCCUGAUCUACUUUAUGAACCAAAUAAAAUCAAACUUGCUGA